GCAGCCUGGGCUGAGCCGCCCUGACCCGCCAGUAGGGGCCGCCCGCGCUGAGCCUCCCUCUGCAGCAGCGGCCCGCGGCUGCUCUAUGGGCCCGUGGGGCCGGGCGAGGCCCCUCUGGGGCUGCCCAAGGAGCUGCCUGUUCACACGUGACCAUUGGAUGGCACGAGACCCCGCUCCGUUAACACCCUUUAAACCGUUUCAUGUAUGGACACUUGCGCGCUGUGCGGCGGGGCUCCCCGGGCCUGUGACGUGUCACUCAAACCACGAGGGGCUGAACCCUGCGCCGGGCUCCGCGCUGGCAGCCUCGCCUCCUUCGCGACCGACCGCGGGGGCGCAGGCAACAGUGCUGCCCUCACUAAAAAUGGCGGCCACGCCCAUUACUUACAAUAACAGUGAAGCCAGAUCACCCCGCGGAGGAGAGAGCCGUUUGCCCCUACGAUGCCAAUCACCAGAUGCCCAGAGCCUCCCUGGCUAAGCACAUGGUGGCCUGCCGGCUGAGGAGGCUGCAGUACUCCAGAGAGGAGCAGGUAGCCACUUUCAGCUCUGGGCGGACUGGUUGGUUUUUUCCAGGGCCAGGAAUCCCUUGGCUGAAAUGUAUGACUCUACAUUUUACUAUGAGAAAGCAAAGAUACCCACCAUUACUAUUGAUAAGGAUCUACAAUUUCAGAUUAUUAAACAAGCUAAAGCUUUAAGUGCAAAAGAAGGUGGAGGCUCCAGUGAAGCUUUAGGUGCCUAUUCUUCACUGCCUGUUGAAGUUCCCCAAAACCACAAACGCUUCAUCUGUGACCUGACUCAAGCUGAUCGUCUUGCAAUCUAUGAUUAUGUCCUGGAAGAGACGAAGAAACAGAUGUCCAGAUCCCAGGCCACUGAAAACGACAGUGAUCUCUUUGUAGAUUUGGCUGCUAAAGUCACCCAAGACGAUGGUCAAAAAGGUCCAAAGUCUCAUCUUGAAAUCCUGGCAGAAAUGCGGGACUAUAAAAGACGGAGGCAGUCGUACAGAGCUAAGAAUGUUCAUAUAACAAAGAAAUCUUACACUGAGGUAAUUAGAGAUGUGAUUGGUGUGCACAUGGAAGAACUCAGCAGCCACUGGCAGGAGGAAGGUAAACCAGACAAUGCAGACACGUGUGAAGGAGGAAAAUCUUCCAUUUCAGCAAAGUCUUCAGGAAGAAAUGAAGAGAGACGGUCAGCAUCAGUGGACUCUCGACAGUCUUGUGGAAGCUCUAAGGAUGUUGAUCGAUCUAGACACAGGAGAGAUCCCAGCAGAAGUCCAGACAAACAGAAAAGAAGUAGAGAAAGAGGCAAAGACAGGGAUUCCAGGAGAAAAAGAGAGAGGGCUGAAGACAAGUAUCACAACCACAAAAGAAGAAAAUAGAAAAAGGACUGUAAAGAAGAUGUCAGCUGUUAGUUAAGGAAAUAGACUUAAACUGGAUCAUUCAGAGCUGUGAAUAUCAGCAGCAUGCUGAUGGCGAUAGCAUUGUGUAUUGAACGCUGUACCCAGAGCUGGGAGGCUGCCAAUGACAUCUUUCCCUCAUCCUGACAACCGUACCAUGGUCUCGUGUCUCAGAUGGUUUUUAUCUCUACAUUAGAAGGUGACGUGUAAUUUGUUGUAUUGCCUUUGACUGAUAAAUGACAAUGUAAUAAAUUAUAUUUUUCAUGCAGCCCAA